GUGAUCAGGACCAUCUGGCGCCUAUCAAUGAAUGCCUCCUGGCAUCAGCCUCGAGGCCUGCUUGCCAAUCCCGGCGGUCGCCUCGUUGUCGGGACCUGCCCUACGCCACGUUGGCAUCGUGAGGCCGCACGACGUUCCAGUCAAGUCUCUGCGCUUUGUCAUACGCGUCUCUCGCCAUCUUCUGUUCUCCUCCCCCGAUCCGUCGCUGCGCGCUGAGCGAUAACCUCCGCACCGCCCCCACCACCGUCCAUGGCCAGCCACUCGCCCGUGCGCAAUCGCAAGCCCCCCGCGCCGCAGAACCCAGGCGUAGCCUCUCUGCAAGCACGCGAGCGCUCUGCGUCCCCAUCCGUGCGCGACAGGCAGGCGCGAUCUGCGAAGGCGCAGUCUAUGCCCAUUAUGCAAGGCUACCCAAGCCCCGGCGGACAGCCCUCCAACCCGAGCCCGACGAUGGGCGCGGGUCCGACCAUCGGCGCGGCGCCCCAGUUCCAGUCGAAUCCCACCCAGAUCCAGAGGCUGCUUCCCACUCCGCCACACCCACCCCUCGACCAGAAUGGCGUCCCCCACCCGCCGCCGCCCCAGCAUAGCAACAGCAUGCCGAACGUCCACAACGCGCGCGGUGUCAUUCACCCUAUCCCCACCCGGCAGUCCUACGGGCAGGCUGGCAACGACAACCAACACUUCCAGAUGACUCCCGGGCUCGAGGCGGACAUUCAGCGCGCGCACGACAUGCAGCAGCUCGCGUACGGUACAGCCCCAGCGACCUCGUCCUCCUUCCCAAAAGAGUCGUACAUGAAGGACCCCGCGGUCGAGCGGCUGCGCGCCGCAGAGCGACACAGUCCCCGGCAGGGCGCGCUCAGCCCCGAGCCGCGCGGGCACGGUGGGAGCCAUCAAGGAUCGCCGUCGUCGACCAAGCAGCCCAUGAUGCCGCCCGAGCGGCGCGGCUCGCCUGCUUUUGUCACGCCGAUGAGCUCUCCUGGCGAGCAGAGCGCUGCGUAUCGCCCGGAGUACUCGCCCAACGGGCCUUCGACGCUCUCACGGCGCAACACCGUGACGGGCGCGCCCGUCGUCGAGACGCGGCCCAUGUUGACGAUCUCGAAUCAGCAGACGCCGCCGCUGCAGACGCAUGGGCGCACAUCAGACCGCUCGCUGCCCGUGCAGGAGGAAGACCAUGAUCGCGAUGACGACGACGACAGCGGCUCACCCACGCCUUCGUCUGACCUCCAUCCAGAGGGCAAUCAGAGCCGCUCAUCCGGCACAAGCCGCACGCGCCGCGGCGAUGAGAGCACGCUCAUCGGUCAAGACAGCGAGAAGGGCCUGACAAACGAGGAUGAGUACACACCGCGGUCGCCCGCUCAGGACCUUCCCGAGCGCACACCUUACGGACCACAUCAACACGGCGGGGAUCCAGUACGUGGCCGUGCUCGCACGGGCGCCACCGACCUCCUCGGUCUCCAAGGCCUCGACGGCAUGGUCUCCGACCCCCAGGUCAACGGCGGCAGCAGCAACCCCUCGCAGUACAUGGACGGGCGGCACGCGCCCAAGCCGCAGUACCACACCUUUCCCGCCGCUUUCGACCCGCGCACCACCGCUGCGCGCUUCUACACCCCCUCGACCGAGGACGGCUCCUUCCUCGUCGACGGGCCCACCGCCGCAUACCUCCAGGCCAUCCUCUCCUCGCCCCGCCCCGACGCGCCCAUCCCGCCCACGCCGCACAGCCAGACCGCCGCGCCCACCCCCUCGCCGCUCAUCAACGUCAACGCGCACGCGGCGUACGAGAAGGACCCGAUGCCGUUCAGCCCCAUCGUCCCCGCGGGUUCGCCGUACCCGUACCCGUUCACGCACGUGCGCCGCGCGCCGUACGUCGCGCCGCCCGACCCGAACCACCCCGCGGCGAUCCAGGAGCAGCUCGCGCGCCAGUGGCAGGUGUACGCGCAGAACAACCAGGACGCGUUCUCGACGACGGAGACGACGAGCAGCACGCCGUUCCAGGGCGCCGGCUUCUCGCCGUGGGCGCUCCUGCACACGACGCGCCUGCUGGGCGGCCGGCUCCCGCCCCAGAGCGUGCAGAGCAGCCCGAGCCACGAGCCCAUACCGCUCCCGCCGCCGCCUCAGGGCGUGGGUGUGCGCCGGCGCCGGCGCGAGGACGAACCGCCGGUCCCGAAGGUGCCGCGCAAGCCGCCGCCGCGGGUAGCUAGCACACAGCCGCGCGAGACGAGCCCCGAGCCCUCGUCUUCUUCGGGCGAGGAAACCGCCGGGGAAUCGACCGCGGGCGAGCAGGACCGCUUCCCAGUACAGGACGAAGGUCGAAGCUGGACAAAUACAAAUGGGCAGACGACACCGUCCGCCCCUCCUGCCCCUGCCCCUCCCCCACCCCAGGAGGAAGAAGACGAGGGUGACUGGGUCGACGAAGAGGACGACGAGGAAGAAGAGGACCUACUAGAGCUCGAGUUCCACCCCUCCUACGUGCCGAACAUGGAGAAGCGCAAACGCCGCUUCGACGCGCGCUGGGAUGCUUUGCAGCAGGCGUUCCAAGCCCUCGACCGGCAGACGGACUCCACCAUGAUCCUCCUCUGCGCCCCCUCGCACACCACCAAGCUCCAGUCGCUCUCCUCGCGCGCCAUCCGGCGCACCCCCGCCCUCCGCGACGGCAAGACCCUCCGCGCGCUGCGCACCCAGUUCGCCCGCCUCGCCACCGAGCGCCGCCGCGUGCGCACGCACUCGCGCUCCUCCUCCCUCGCCGACCGCCUCUUCGCGCACAUUGCGUCCCCGCUCACACGGGGCGAUGGCACGGGCUCGGGAUCCGACGUGACGUCCGAUAUGCGCGAGGAGGAUCUGAGACGCGCGUUGGGUACUGCUCUUGGGUCGCUAGGUGCGCUGGGCAGUAUUUACGAGCAGCGGGAGGCGAGAUUUAAGGAGGAGCUGCGCCGCACGAGCGAGGAAAGGCAGCGCGUCGAGCUGCUCAUGCGGCAGGCGCUUGGCGAGGGCCACGCCUCUGCGACUGGCACCGCGCGCAUGCCCUCUUAGAUCGUGCACAAUGCUUAGGCCGUCUUCGACCGUGUGCCAUGGGCAUGCAUGCCGUCUUAGACGCUGCACGCAUGUCAUCCUGAACCGUAACGAUUCAGCAGAAUUCCCAUUCAUCUAUGGAUACAUUGACUAUGUACUGGUAGCUAGGCUAGUCUGAGUUGUACAGAUACGAGUGCUCGAGCGUGCAGUGUAGUCGGCAGUGUGCGGUACGAUGGAAAGCGAAUGAGGAUAGUAUCCGAGAAGAGAAAAUUCAGAGCAUGAUGAAAAAAAGCGUAGGAAAGAUAUGCAAGUCGUGAAACAAUGAUCAUGAGGUCGUACAUACUACGUUCUGUCCGUGACAUCCUGGACAUGACAGCGUGCACAUACAUUGUCCACCGUGUUCAUGCACCGUCCAUUGCCUACCAAUCCGCAAACCCCACCAACUUGCCGUCCCAGGCGUACCAAAU